GAAGCGGUCCAACACCACUGUUCCCCAUUUCCGUUCUCAGAUUGUUGGUUCAUUGAGUCGUCACUAUGGAGGAGGCAAAAAAGAAAGAUAAUAAGCAUCCAGAAAAGAUGGACGAGAAGGCAAAAGACAAGGAGAAGGGUCAGCAGCCCAAAGAAAAGGAAAAGGGCAAGAAAGAGGAGCAAGAACUGUCAGAGGAAGACAAACAGCUACAAGAAGACCUAGAGAUGAUGGUGGAAAGACUAAGUGACAAGAACACAGACCUCUAUCGUCCUGCUUUGGAAGAGCUACGUAGACAAAUCCGCUCGUCUACCACCUCCAUGACUUCCGUGCCCAAGCCCCUGAAAUUCUUGCGCCCACAUUAUGGCAAGCUCAAAGAGAUCUAUGAUGGCAUGGCUCCUGGGGAGAACAAGCACUUCUGUGCCGAUGUGGUGUCAGUGUUGGCCAUGACGAUGAGCAACGAGAGGGAGUGCCUUAAGUACCGUCUGCUGGGAUCACAGGAAGAACUGGCCUCUUGGGGACAUGAAUAUGUCAGGCACCUGGCAGGUGAGGUGGCAAAAGAGUGGCAAGAGGUGGAGGAGAGUGACAAGACGCAGCAGGAGACACUGUUGAAAUUAGUGAAGGAGAUUGUGCCCUACAACAUGGCCCACAAUGCCGAGCACGAGGCGUGUGAUUUGCUAAUGGAGAUUGAAAGGCUGGACAUGCUGGAAGACUACAUUGAUGAAAAUGCUUAUGGCAAAGUUUGCCUCUACCUCACUAGCUGUGUGAGUUACGUUCCUGAGCCAGAAAACUCUGCACUGCUGAGAUGUGCCUUGAACAUCUUCAGAAAGUUCAACCGUUAUCCUGAGGCUCUGCGUCUGGCUCUGAUGCUUAACGAUGUAGAGCUGGUAGAAAACAUCUUCACAUCCUGCAAAGACAUUGUCAUUCAGAAGCAGAUGGCCUUCAUGUUGGGUCGCCAUGGUAUGUUCCUGGAGCUGAAUGAAGAUGUAGAGGACUACGAAGACCUGACAGAGAUCAUGUCUAAUGUGCAGCUCAACAGUAAUUUCUUGGCCCUAGCAAGAGAGUUGGACAUCAUGGAACCCAAAGUUCCAGAUGACAUCUACAAAACACACCUGGAAAACAACAGAUUUGGAGGCAGUGGCUCUCAAGUGGACUCAGCUCGUAUGAAUUUAGCCUCUUCCUUUGUUAACGGCUUUGUAAAUGCAGCUUUUGGACAAGACAAGUUGCUCACUGAUGAUGGCAACAAGUGGCUCUACAAGAACAAGGAUCAUGGUAUGCUGAGUGCUGCUGCCUCACUGGGUAUGAUUCUGCUGUGGGACGUGGAUGGUGGUCUGACACAGAUUGACAAAUACCUCUACUCUUCCGAGGAUUGCAUUAAGUCUGGUGCCCUCCUGGCCUGUGGCAUAGUAAACUCAGGUGUGAGGAAUGAAUGUGACCCAGCCCUUGCCCUCCUUUCUGACUAUGUCCUUCACAACAGCAACGUCAUGAGGAUAGGAGCCAUCUUUGGCCUGGGUCUGGCCUACGCUGGUUCCAACAGAGAAGAUGUCCUGUCUUUGCUUCUUCCUGUCAUGGGAGACUCCAAGUCCAGCAUGGAGGUGGUUGGAGUGACAGCCCUGGCUUGCGGUAUGAUCGCUGUAGGUUCUUGUAACGGCGAUGUGACUUCCACCAUUGUCCAGACCAUCAUGGAGAAAAAUGAACAGGAGCUGAAGGACACGUAUGCACGCUGGCUGCCUCUGGGCCUAGGACUCAACCACCUUGGCAAAGGAGAGGCUAUCGAGACAACCCUGGCUGCUCUGCAGGUUGUACCAGAACCUUUCCGCAGCUUUGCCAACACACUCGUGGACAUCUGUGCAUAUGCAGGUCAGUCCUCCUCUGAAAAGUCUUUCACUUCCAGGUCUUAUCUAUAUGAAAAUAACAUAGUCUGUAUGCAUUUGCAUUACUCCCUGAAGGAUAAAGAUAAAGAGGAUGACAAGGAUAAAAAAGAUAAGAAAGACAAGGACAAAAAGGAGUCUGCUGCCGACAUGGGCUCACAUCAGGGUGUAGCUGUCCUUGGUAUUGCCUUGAUUGCCAUGGGAGAGGAAAUAGGCUCUGAAAUGGCACUGAGAACAUUUGGUCAUCUGUUGCGUUAUGGUGAGCCCACACUGAGGCGAGCAGUGCCCCUUGCCCUGGCCCUUAUUUCUGUGUCCAACCCUCGUCUCAACAUUUUGGACACCCUCAGCAAGUUCUCUCAUGAUGCUGACCCUGAAGUCUCCCACAACUCCAUCUUUGCCAUGGGCAUGGUGGGCAGUGGCACAAAUAACGCUCGUCUGGCUGCUAUGCUGCGGCAGCUGGCACAGUACCACGCCAAAGACCCCAACAAUCUCUUCAUGGUCCGAUUGGCCCAGGGCCUGACUCACUUGGGCAAAGGCACACUGACACUCUGUCCUUACCAUAGUGACCGGCAGCUGAUGAGCCAGGUUGCUGUUGCUGGACUACUCACCGUGCUGGUUUCCUUCCUCGAUGUCAAGAACAUAAUCCUGGGAAAAUCCCACUACAUACUGUAUGGCCUGGUAGCAGCCAUGCAGCCACGUAUGCUGGUCACAUUCGAUGAGGAGCUGAGGCCACUGCCCGUGUCUGUCAGAGUUGGACAGGCUGUGGACGUUGUGGGUCAGGCAGGAAAACCAAAGGCCAUCACAGGAUUCCAGACUCACACGACACCAGUGUUGCUGGCUCACGGGGAGCGGGCUGAGCUGGCCACGGAGGAGUACCUUCCUGUUACCCCCAUCCUGGAGGGCUUUGUGAUUCUCCAGAAGAACCCUAACUAUGAAACCUAGACUGAACCCAUGAGGUCCAUUCAGGCUGGUCUUUCUCUGCAGCUCUUGGUGGUUGUAUGUAGUUGUUUAUUGAUUGUCUGAAAAGAGUGGGACAAAUCUUUCCUCCUUCCCCGCUUUGUCCUGUCACUGUCCUCUGUGGCCCAUCUCCAGUGGUCAUUAAAAAUGGAUUAGCUGGGCUCUGGUUGAGUGGGCUGCUAUGUGACAGAGAGGGUUAAACUGGGACCGUCUACAGUCUGCAAUAAUGGUUCUUUACACUGCUCUCACACAUGUCCUUGUUUUACUGACCCUACAGUCAUGAACACAGUUCAUCUCUGUCCUACGUUUCGGUUCUCGUAUAUGAACAACUGCUCAAACCACAUCAGUUAUUUACACUUGUUUGUUUUGUUUUUUACAGCCUUGAUCUUGAGAAAUGUCUUUGUAAUUAGAGCAUUUACAAUGUGUAUUCUUGACAUUUGAUGUUCGGGGGAUUGUUUGUAAGAGUACUAUUCAGGAUUGAAUUGAAAAGUAAGUAAAUAAAUAAAAAAAUAAAAAAACUGA